CGCCGCGCCGCUGGAUUGAACCUGCGGCAGCAGGUAUUUACUGGAAAAUGGAUGACGAUGACUUCGGAGGCUUUGAGGCAGCAGAAACCUUUGAAGGUGGAAACGGGGAACCACAGGCAACUUCUCCUGCUAUUCCCUGGGCAGCAUUUCCUACAGAGGUUCUCCGGGAGCAGGCUGGAGCCCCAACUUCUGCCUCCUUUGUCCCCGCCAAUCCAUUAACUUCAUCAGACGAUAUUGUGACAGAUAAUCAGUUGUCAUCCAGUACUUUAAAUCUACCUGAUCUUAAAGAACAGGUUCCAUUAUCAAUUGGCCCAUCUUUGGAAGUACCAGUUUCUACAUUGAGUCUGCCUGAAGAUUUAGAUGAUGAUAACAAUGGUGAAAAACUGGAAUUAAACGAAUCAAAGAAUCAUCUUCAAAAAACACUUGCAAGUCUAGAAGUUAAACUGAAAGUAGCUGACGAAGAAAAAUGUAAAAUAAAAAAGGAGUUGGAAGACUUGUUGGAAAAAUACAGGAUUCUGGAAACUGAUUUCCUGAAAGACAAGGAGGAUAAAUUAAUUUCACACCAAGAUAGAUACAGUAAGCUCCAGGAGAAGCAUAAGCUUGAGUUGGAAGACAUGAGAAGAACUGGACAUGAGGCUUUGGCUAUUAUUGUAGAAGAAUUCAAGGCCUUGCUGCAGUCCACGGUCCAAAAGUCGAUCCCCCCAAGUCUUCCUGCCCCCUCCACCACCGAUAUCUUGGGAUCAACAACAGUUGAG